GAUAUUUUUGAAAGGAGGGAAUUUUAGUGGUGAUAUGUAAGCGGGUAGGCAGGUUGGGCUGGGCAGUGGGUUUCUGAAACGUGCCGGCUUCAGAAAAUGGACGACUCCGCAGCAUCAGGUUCAGGAAAUUUCAAUCCCUAUGGAGGUAAAACUGUAGAAGAAUGUGAAGACAUGAUCAGGAAAAGCCUCAAAACUCCAACAGUGAAGUUUCUGAAAGAGAAUCUUGAGAAAUCUGGUUGUGUAAUUGGGGAGAAUUUCAUUAAAGCUAUCAAGUGUGAUAAGGCGAUUAGUGGUGGAUACGUUCGUGGCAAAGGGAUAAUAGUAUGUAGUAACCAUAUGAACUUACAAGAUGAGGUGAAUCAAGUGGUUAUCCAUGAAUUGAUUCAUGCUUAUGAUGACUGUAGGGCUGCAAAUUUGGAUUGGACCAAUUGCGCUCAUCACGCCUGCAGUGAGAUUCGUGCUGGACAUCUGAGUGGUGAUUGCCACUACAAGCGUGAGUUGCUGCGUGGGUUUAUGAAGUUAAGAGGUCAUGAACAAGAAUGUGUGAGAAGAAGAGUUAUGCUGUCAAUGGCUGCAAACCCUUAUUGUUCACAAACAGCUUCAAAGGAGGCCAUGGAUGCUGUGUGGGAUGUUUGUUACAACGACACUAAGCCCUUUGAUAGAGCUCCUUGAGAGAAAAACACUGUUGCUGCGGUUGCCUUUGUUUCCGCUAAUAAUGAGAACUUACUCAUUUUGAAACUCAAUUUUGCAAUUGUUCUCAUUUUUGUAGCCAGUCAAAGAGAUUAGAUAUUGGUACAGACCAUUUUUGUGGUAUGACUUGCGUUUUUUUGGAGGUUCUCACAUCCUUUGCCUUUACUCAUUUCCUUUUCUGACACUUUAUGUAUCCAUUUGGGGGAUUUGGAAUUUAGAUAUAAACUUCCAACCAGCAGCACUCAUGAUGCUUCGGGAGUAAAUCUCAGAUCACUCUCGGACUAGACCUAAUCCUCAACUUUUCACGGUUCACCCUCUCUUUCUCAUAUCUUCUUCAGCUUUGCAGCACUGGACUGAGCAAAUUGUUUCUCCCUGUUUGAAAAGAAUGCAUUUGGCUUGUCUCAUACUAGGAAACACUGUUGUCUCAUGCCUGAGUCAGACAGUCUGACUCAUAAGAGUCGGUACAAGUUAAUGCGUGUGGACACGAUUAAUCCCAGAUUCCUGUUGAUUUAUGUUCUUGCCCUAAAACCCUACAAAGUCCAAUUCUUAAAAAAUCAGGCGAAGGAACUCCUCCUGACUCACUCACUCACCCACUCCGACAAAACCCAUUUCUUCUCAAAACCUUAAAGUGAUCGCGUGAUCUCAUCUUUCUUCUUCUUCAAAUUGCUAUUAACUCUCUGAUGGGGAACUUCGAUAUGCUUCCAGGAGAGAUCGUCUUCAACAUUUUAACACGUUUACCAGCUGAAUUAGUUCUAGAGUGCAAGUUAGUGUCCAAAUCUUGGAAUAAAGUUGUUAGUUAUCCAUCAUUUUCUCAAACUCACUUGGAUCGCUGCCUUGAGGAUCUUGAUUCUGGUGGUAAGUCUACUUUCCUGUUGGUGAAUGACGAUUUUGUUUUUUCAAGUUUUUCCUACAGAAAGUUUCAUUACUUGGAAUAUCAAGAUGACAGUUCUUUAGAGAACCCACCCUUUUAUAGAGUUAAAAGAAUGAAAAUAAACCCUGCUCCUUAUAUGUAUUACUAUCUUGCUGGUGCAUGCAACGGUUUAAUUUGUCUAAAUGGAUGCCUUGAUAAUGAUUGGGUCAACUAUGAGCCUGUUUAUAUCUGUAAUCCCAUCACCAGGGAAUGUGUUUAUCUGCCUGUAUUUGAGAGAACACUUGGUCUUCUAGCUGAUUCUCACGGGACCGAUUGCUCACUGGAUUCGGUUAUGUAUCUUCAACUAAUGAGUACAAGGUUGUUAGAAUGUUUAACUUGCUGGGAGAACCCAAUUUUUUACAAGUUGAGGUGUAUACACUCGGCAGUGGCAAGGGAUGGAGGAACUUACAGAAGAAAUUCAACAAAAAACUGGAUUCGUUUAAAUGUGUCCGUGGUGUGUUUGUGAAUGAAUCUCUUUAUUGGAACCUUAAAAGUAAAACAGGCAACAUUGUCGCUUUUGAUUUGGCUAAUGAAAUUUUUGUCGAAAUACCUAAAGCUUUUCCCUCUUCUUCGAAUUAUGUACUCGGGGUAUUGGGGGGUUAUUUGUCAGCUGUCCACUAUGAUAAAUAUUCAAAAACGUCUGAGUUAUUGCUUUUGAAGAAGAAGGAAGAAGACGGGUCAUUAAGUUGGAUUAAAGAGUUCACGUUAAGCAACACGGAUACGCAUCAAUCACUUGCCCUUUCGUGUAGGGGUACAGUUCUAUGUCACUCAGGCACAAAGGUCCCAAGUUCAUGACCUAAAUUCUUCAUCCUCAAAACUACUUGUGGAUUUUGGUGAGGAAAGGUAUAUAUAUGAAACAAUCCCGCAUAUGAACACCUUGGUUUCACUGAAAGCAUUAGGAGAGGAGACUACGAAAACAAUGGAAACGGUUGACGUACCAAGAGAUGUAGAUGAAGAAUACAAGGAACUGCCAAGGAAUGCAUCUGCAGGCACCUACAUUUAAUCUGUUUUCUCUUCGCCUGUUUCUUUCAAGGCCAAAGCACUUGGGAUUAUUUUGCUUCAUCAGAAUGGUUACAUCUGGUUCUGCACCGUUACCAACAUAUCGAACUUUUGUGCUGUUGUUGGGAUAGUAAUCUUUUCUUUCUCAAUUAGUUUCCUUGGAUUUGUUCCAUUUUAGGAUAUGUACUGUAUUUGUCUGGAUCCCACCCAAGCAGAUUUGAAUUUGGGCAUGACUUCCCCCUCUAUCUUUUGCUAUUUUGUAUGAAGUUGAUUGCCUCUUGA